AUGAUGAAAUCAUAUACUACUACAUCAUUAUUAUUUAUAGUAUACUUGUUAUCAAUAUUUGUAAACGUAAAUAAUGGACAAAUAUUUUUUAAUACAUCAUCGGUGUGCACACAAGCAGCACCAUGUCAAUGGAAUGAUCCAACUAUUUGGAUUCCCAACGGUAUCCCAACUAGCUCUAGUGCCGAGAUUGACGUAGUCAUCGAUGGAAACAGCACCAACAUCAUCUAUAUUGUCGCAAGCACCGUAUUUGAAAUACAUAAUUUGAAUGUUCAAUUUACAGUGUUGAGCAUUGAGGCCGGUGCAACUUUUGACGGAGCUUUCACCGCCGAAGACUCUGACAUUAGUAUUGCCAACAACCCAGUGACGGUCGAUAGCAUCAACACGACAAACGGCACUCUUACUCUGUUGACAGGAUCGAUGUUGUCAGUGUCCAACAUCGCCUUGUUCUACGCCACCCAAUUUGUGGCAUCUGACAACUCAUCGGCCCUGUUUAACGGAAAUGCUACGUUCCAAGCACUGCCACCACCCCUUUUCCAAGACGCAUCAGAGUUGACUUGUCUGUCGGAAUGUACCUUCCACGCUGGUGUCACGGUCAAUAGCACCGGUCACACUGGUCUCACCAAUGUCUACCUCUACAUGACCAGUCAGUUUGGCGAUGUGACUUUGGUCGGCGAGAUGGUCAUCGUCCCCGAAGCCACCGCCAACAUCCAAGGAUCGUUCUAUGGUAGCGCUCAGUCAUUCGUGUCUGUGUCUACGUUGGCACUGCUCUUGAUCAACGGACAGCCCCAGACGGUCACAUUCAACCAACUCCAAGUCAACGAGCAAGGUACCGUCCAAAUAGUCAAUGUCGCCAACGACGUGACUGGCGCCACUAGUUAUAUUGCCGGAACCGUCCUUUUCGACAAUUGUCUCGGUACCACUUCGUUUGGCCAAACGACCGCGUUUGCCAACCUCCAAGUCGCCGGUGUCAUUGGCGAGCUCAUCCUCAAUGCCGCCAACAUUGGCAACUUGACCCAAGUCCAAAGUCAAGUGCCCAACGCUCAACCCAACGUACGUAUCUCGUCGGUUGGCGACGUCACCCUCAACACGUUUGGCAGUCUGCUCAUCAACACCAUCUUUGACGUUGAGCAGGGCGGUUCGCUCUUGCUCAAUGACGACGUUGAGUUUGCCGGUCCAGGUGGGUUCCGUGUCUACGGUGAGUUCACCAUCAACCAAGCCACCAUCACCACCGAGAACGAUCCCGACUAUCCAGCAGUCAUCGGUAUCACACUCUACGGUGGUGUACUCUACACUGAAAACACCACCAUCGAUGGAGUUGUCCGUAUUGCCGAUGGUACAUGGUUCCCAGUCGACACAACCAUCGUUGGCAACGUCAACUUCCAAGGUGGCUAUCUCAACUUUUCAACUGCCACCAAUCAAAACCUAAACAUCUCUGGUUCAUUGACUAUUGGCGAAGGUGCAACCAUCUACCUCAACAAUGAUCUCAUUGCCGAAGAUGACCCCAUCGUCUUUGUAUCGGGUAAUGUUACUCUGGGCGGUACCAUCGUUGCUAUCAUGCAAGACCCAUUUUCACUCGUCUACAACAAAAACUAUUUUAUCAUCGAGUCUGAAACCUCGAUCGACGGUAUCUUUAUCAGCUCGUCUGUAGUCACUAGUUUUGUCUCCUCGUUUGAAUACGAGUUUGAACUCAGUCCAGGUGGUAACUAUUUCCUCCAACUCGUCUUUACCGAACCACCCGUCCCAUCUGGUGGUCCAACCGGUCACAUGGCCGGCUGGAAGGUAUUCCUCAUCAUCCUUUCCAUCCUUGUCGUCCUCGGUGGUGGUAUCUAUGGUUUCCUUCGUUACAAGAGAAAUAGUGGUUAUUUACCAGUACAUUAA